AUUCAGGGUGGUCUCGGGAAAGGUUCGGUACUUUUCCAUAGUAGGAUAUACAACUGUCUCUUGACAAGUUCACGGUGAGGAAAUGGCAGAGCAGCAACAGAUUAAAACUUCCUUCCUCUAUAUCCAGCUGAAGUCACCAAGCAGAUCUGCUGAGCACUCACAGAAGGCGUGCGGCUUGGCAGAGGAAACUUUCUUAGCUACAAGCAGAGAGGCAUGUGACACUGGGAGGGCAGAUUCUCCUGUGAGAGAAGACACGCAGCCUCCCAGGCUAAAGACAGAGGCAGGCAGCUGUGCUCAGAACACAGUGUCAUGCUUUCACAUCUGCACUGCAAUGAGCAAUGGCACACAGAGAGCCCCAACUGCUGCCCAUGGGUACACACUGGGACUUGCCAAAGGCAGAGAUACCAUUUCUCAUCACAAUCAGCGGUCAGGUUUGUUUAAUCAGCUGAAAGAAAAUGCAAGCUACAGAUCUGAUGUCCCAGUGACAAGCCAGCAUGCUACAGGCAAUAACGCCUGUUCCUCCUCCAGUCACAGUUAUGUUUCCAGCUGCUGGAAUGUGAUGGAUCAACCUUCUAGUCCAGAAGAAGAAAAGAUGUGGUGGAAAGUGGAGGUAUGCAAACCCUCUCUGCCAAAGGCACCAAUUCUUUUCUCAAGUCCUGACUGUGAAGGUUUCCGGGAUGCAGCUAUGGAAAAAUCUGCUUCAUUAACAGGAUUAAGUGACAGAUGUUUGGGGAACCGGUUAGAGGGACAGAAGCUAACCACCCGGUAUACCAUGUCCCUGACCACUGCUAGUCCUGUCAAACUGGAGAAGGCAGAGAGAUAUGUUUGGGUUAACAGCACAUCAGCACACUCCCAGAAUGUUGCUAAGGCAAAAUACGAGUUUUUGUUUGGGGAGUCCAUGUCUACACCCGAUGAGAAAGCUCCAGAGACUGAUGACCCUGGAAGCACAAGAUUGCUUGCACAGGCUGCUAGCGUCACCAAUGAAUUUCCUGAAUAUGGGACAACAGAACACAGAGAGAAUGACACAUUCAGAGCUGCAUAUGGACAUUUAGAUGAACAAACACAAUGCUUAGAAGAAAUAAAAGGACUGGAUCAGUCCUGCCCAGUAAUGCAGAAUCAACACUUAACAGAGGAGUCUGAACAAUGUUUACAUGACAAAUUAAAUAGCAGGUCGCAGCAUUUAGAAAGAGACGGUGAAGACAAUAAUUGCUCUUUAGAUCCGCUAAUAACUUCUCAAAAGAUCAAUAUAAAGACUACGCCAGAAUGUAAUUUGACUUUGGACUGUCCCUCGCAUGUGGAAAUUAGUCUGGAUAAUCCCAAUGUGGUAACUCCACAGCCAGCAGAACAAGUUGAAGAAGUGAUGGUCCCAAGUGAGGAGGAGACAUCAGAUGCACUUUUACCAGCAGCAGUGGUUCCUCCAGAAAGGAAAUCUUAUUUAUACGUAGAGACAGAGUUGGCAGCAAUUUCAGAGGAAGAAACUCUCUCUGAAUCUUCACUAUCACAAAUCACUGAAAUAGCAGAUUUCCCCAGAUCACAGCACAGUCAUAUUUUAGCUCCAUCUACAACUGUCAUGGACCACAGUAAUUGUGUGGUGGAAUGUUCUGGUGUAAGUAGAGUUGAUGAAGAACAGAAUGAUGGUGCUAAUCAGUUAAAAUAUCCUGUAACAUCGGCAUGUAUAGAAAAUGCCGUUUAUAACGGUAUAGAUGUUUCAACGGUACUAGCAGAAUCGGUGGUGAAAUGGGAGGACACAUCUUCCACUAUCGAAGAAAAGCAAAGUGAUAAAAUGUCCCUCAUAUCUACAGGAACAAAUAAUUACAUUCCAACACCUGAGAGGACUAGAGGUACAAUGGGGGCAUCACUGUCAUCUGUAGUUCAGAGGCCUCGCAGUGCCUCUGACACAUGUCGGCAUCAAGAUGGUGUAGACAAUGAGGUCUUCAUAAAAGAUACAGACUCGGCUCAGGAGACUCCAGGGCGUUUUCAACCUGCCCAAAGUCCUAGAAUUGUGACUGAAGACCACCAUGAAGACACAUUCAGAUCAAAAAGAUGUUCAGAGGACUCCACAGACUUGUACAGCUCUCAGUUUGAGAACAUUCUGGACAACACAUCUUUAUAUUACAGUGUGGAGUCACUUGACACUUUAUACUAUGAACCAGAUAGCUUUUUCAGUUUUGAGAUGCCACUCACACCAAUGAUUCAGCAGCGAAUAAAGGAAAGCAGUCAGUACUUGGAGAGGAAUACAGCUGCUGAUGUCGAGCAAGAGUUCCUCAAAAUUGACCCAGGCAAUGGAAUAACAAUGGGGUACUGCAAUGAUGUCAUUAACGGUCUCGAUGAUGUCAUGGGAGUAGGAUUCAGUAAAACAAGCGAAGUGGCAGAUCUCUCAGGAAGUGAUGGUGGACCAAGCAAAAACCCUCUAGAGGCCUCGCAUGACAUGGGCAGCACUGAGAUCCUUGAAAAAGGAAGCACUGAAAACCUCAGCAAUGGGACCAAUAGUAAUCUACAAGCAGCGAAGCGCUUGGCCAAACGGCUCUUCCAGCUGGAUGGAUUUAAACGCUCUGACGUUGCAAAGCACUUAGGAAAAAACAAUGAUUUCAGCAAGCUUGUGGCAGAAGAAUAUCUGAAAUUCUUUGAUUUCACUGGGAUGACGCUGGAUCAAUCACUCAGGAGUUUCUUUAAAGCCUUUUCACUCAUUGGGGAGACUCAGGAAAGGGAGAGAGUAUUAAUUCACUUCUCCAACAGAUAUUUUCUAAGUAAUCCAAAUACCAUGUGCUCUCCAGAUGGUGUGCAUUGUCUUACCUGUGCAAUGAUGCUACUCAACACAGACCUGCAUGGACAUAAUAUUGGAAAGAAGAUGAGCUGUCAGGAAUUCAUUGCCAAUCUCCAAGGGGUGAAUGAAGGUAGAGAUUUCCCACGGGGGCUUCUCAAGGCUCUGUACAACUCUAUCAAGAAUGAGAAGCUGGAAUGGGCAGCAGAUGAUGUUGAUGCUAUGAAGAAAUCGCCGUCAGACAGCACCGAUGACAAAGCCAAUGGUACUCAGUCAAAGAGCGUUAGUCGGAUUGGAAGCAGCAGCAACCCAUUCCUGGACAUUCCCCAUGAUCCAAAUGCUGCAGUGUACAAGGCUGGUUUCCUUGCACGCAAAAUCCAUGCUGAUAUGGAUGGGAAAAAAACUCCAAGAGGAAAACGGGGAUGGAAAACGUUCUAUGCUAUCCUAAAGGGAACUGUCCUUUACUUGCAAAAGGAUGAGUAUAAGCCGGAAAAGGCACUGUCUGAAGAUGAUUUGAAAAAUGCUGUUAGUGUGCAUCAUGCUCUGGCUUCAAAGGCAACAGAUUAUGAGAAGAGACCUAAUGUUCUCAAACUUAAAACUGCAGACUGGAGAGUCUUUCUCUUUCAAGCACAGAGCACUGAGGAGAUGGAUUCAUGGAUAAACAAAAUAAAUUGUGUGGCAGCAGUGUUUUCAGCUCCACCAUUUCCAGCUGCUAUAGGAUCCCAGAAAAAAUUUAGCCGCCCGUUACUGCCAGCCACCACUACCAAACUGUCUAAGGAUGAACAGCUGAAGUCACAUGAAACAAAACUUAAACAAAUCUCCACUGAGUUGGCUGAGCAUCGUUCCUAUCCACCUGACAAGAAGAUAAAAGCCAAGGAAAUAGAUGAAUACAAGAUGAAAGAUCACUAUCUGGAGUUUGAGAAAACCCGGUACGAAGUUUAUGUGAAACUCCUGAAAGAAGGAGGCAAGGAGCUGCUGGUCAGUGGUGAAAAUGACAACGCUGGUCUGAAGAAAUCUCAUUCCAGUCCCUCUCUCACUCAAGAUUCAUCACCAGCCAGUGCCAAGGUGAAGCGCAACAUUUCGGAGCGGAAGGAUUACCGACCAGAGACGCCCAGCAUCAAGCAGAAGGUCACUUAAACGGCAUGGGCUAAGAAUAAGCUGGAGUCAGUCAGCAAGAGCAGCAAAUGUAUUGCCCGUCACAAUUGUUACUACUGUGGUUCAUUUCAACAACAAAAUGAUUCUGUGACUGACUGGAGCUUGACAGCAUUUUAUCUUGCACAUUCCUUUUUGCUGUUGACUGCUCACUGUGUCGUAGAUGUCUUUGUUCCCAAUCUGCAGAGUGUGGUAUUUUGGCUUAUGACACCCCAUGUACUGCAGGUUCACAUCAGUACUGAGAGGUUUAGCAAAUAAUGCGCCUUUAUUCACAGGGGAUAGAUUUCUUGACAAAAUAAAAUGUGCCUGCCCCAGAACCCACCAUUUUUCACCUUUGCUUAAAUGAAAUAUGUUUAAGUUGUGCUAUUGAAUUAAUUUUUACAGCAGGUAAAAGCAGGUCUUGGUUUACUGUAGUUGAGGUUAUUUUUUUAUUUAUUACUUAGGACAGACACGCAUUAUACGUUAACAAAAGUCAGUGUUAGGUUUAAAUACGUUUGGAUAUACUGACCACUACAGCGUCAAGUAUAUUGAAUACUAAAACUUUAUUGACACUAGCCUGAUACAUGGUUGAGCUUCUGCAGAAUGGACCAGUGCAGAAUCAGUAAUAGCAUUUUUGGUCAUGGUAGUUAGUUUAAUGCUGGACUGGAUAGAUAUUCAACAUUGAGUUUUUAAUCUGCACAAUACAAGUCAUGUCUUUAAGGAUUAUUCAAGGCUAAUUCAGUUUGUGAAUGUACGGUACAGUUUUCAUCUCACUCCUUAGCAAAGGUAAAAUAUGUAAGCCAUUUGUGUUUCUUUGUUGAUGUCUCAAUUCCCAUUUGGUUUAACUGCUACAAUUCAGUUAUGCAACAUCUUUAAAUUAUUUAGUAGGCUUUAUGGUUACAAUAAAUCCCAGCCUAUCUAGAAAUAUACAUUUGAAUUCUUUUCCUAAACCCAUAGCAUAGUGUUCUGCCACUCAGUGUAAAAAAGGCAUUUGGAAACCAUUUGCUUUAAAAAAAAUAAUUGAACAUUUCUGCUGCUAAUUACAGUACAUGACUGCUGUGCAUUUUUAUUUGCACUCCUGUUCAUUUCAUUCUCUAAUAGAUGUACUGUGUAUCUAGUACAGAUUACAAAGGAAGUUGUCAUUUUCCAGCAUGUUUUUUUUCUCACCAUCUCAGUGCUUUGUAGUUCAUACAAAUGAGAGUAUGCACAAUCCAAAGGGUGUAAUUACUGACAGAUUUCACUGAGUAGAACAUAGCUUCCCAAAUACACAGCACAUUUCAUAGAAUGAUAACGGAUAAAAGGCCAAUGCUCCAACAGCUAUAUGACUUCUAUUAGCUACACCUCCCUAAAAAAUGAAAAAAGGUGGGGGUGAUGUUGUGGCCCAGAUCUGAUCUUUAUUUUGCAGCUGCUAAAUGGGGUUUUCUAUGUCAUAGCUAUGGCAGUAUUUGCUGAAUUGCUUGAUUAUGGUUAGUGAGGAUUUACUUUUCUUAAAAAAUUCUCAAAGAUUUAAAAAACAAAAAACAAAACCCCAAUGUCCUAUAUUUACUGCAUCUCUUAACUGAAUAAUACAUAACGCAUGGACUGUUAAUGGGCUUUAAUGGCUGAUUAAUGGGGUUGUGUGCUAAUCUGAGAGCAUGCAUCAUGACUCAGAAUUCUAAAAAACCUUUUUCAAUAAGAUCUUGAUCACAAAUGACUCCCCCCCCCCCCCUCCCCUCCCCCUUAGAUACAUGCAAGUCACUCUUAAACAGUAGACAGUACCAAAGUUAUGUUUCACAAACAAGCACAAGGUAAGUCCAAAGGGUGCACUUACCGGAUUAUAGUACUCUCCAAAUUCCUGUUUUUUAAGAUAAAUUAUUAACGUCUCCGAGUCUAUAGCUUUUUGAUUCAUGAAACAUUGUUCUAUUGCUAGGUAACUUAGCUAAUAACAUUCUGUUCUGGAGGUACAGUACACUUAAUAUGAAUUUGCAAAGCAAUGAGACAAAUAUAUUAAACUAUAGGUUAAUUAAUUACUUAUGAUAGUAUACACUGUCAUUGUCCCAUUAACAACCUUAAUGUAGCUUCUAAUAACACAUCCUAUUGUAUACAUUUCACAGUCAAAAAUAAUUGUGUCCUCACUGCAGCAGAAAAGGGCCACGGCUACACAAUAGUAUGUAUGUAUGCUGUAAUCACAUGUAGGGGACGCUACCUCAUAUUUCCAUAAGUGUGGGAUAGCUGUCCUGACCCUCUUUAUCUAAUAGCAUAGAAAAGAAUUCAAAAUGGAAGACAAGUAACUUGUAAACUAAAAUUAACUACUAGUAAUUAAAUAGAAGGAACUCCUAUUUACAUGGCCUGUCUGUAUCUGCCUAUCAAUCGUGUAUACUACAAGAGAUAGAUAGAUAGAUAGAUAGAUAGAUAGAUAGAUAGAUAGAUAGAUAGAUAGAUAGAUAGAUAGAUAGAUAGCAGUAUAUAGGAGAUAUAUAGGUCAAGUCACUUAUUGAACUCUUCACCACCAAAAGGGCCUGAUGGCAGAUACUUACAGAAAAAGAAGCUGGUAACCUAAAGGCAAUGGCUUAUUCACAUCCCAUAUGUGUAUUACUCAUUCUUAUUUAUUAAUGUUACUUUUUUAACUUGUCUUUGUUGUGUUGCUUUUUAUAUGAAGGUACAUGCAUAUAUUCACAAUGUACCAAUAUAUUCUUAGAAAUCAGUGUACAGUAUUCAUAUUCUACACCCCAUAGGGCUUAAAUGAAGAACUGGUACAGCUACUUGUGACAAUCUGUACUUCAUUUAGGUGUCAUAUGUAUAUACAUGUAUAUAUGUUAUGUGUGUGAGACAAUUCCAUGUUUGUAAAAUAGGUACGAUUCCUCAAUAGUUUUACAUUGAGGCUUAUGUUGGUUUAUGCAUUGCUUGUUUAUCCUGAUUUUUCUACUUAUUAUUUUGUAAUACUUUAUAUAGAAAACAUCUGCAGCUUCAUGAUCAUCUCAUUGUAUCUUACAGUUUCAUUUUUAUUUUUCUACAAAUUAGAAUUUGAUUAUUUAGUUUUUGGGGUUUUUUUGCAUAGCAGAAAAUUCUUCUGAUUUACCACAGUGCACUAGUUUCAUUUUUAUUGUGUUUCCACAAUGUAUUGUGCAGUUAUAAGGUCCACAGUCCAUUAGUUACUGUGCUAUACUGUACAUAUGACAGUGGAAGCAGCAUUACAUUUGAUUGGACUUUUUACUUCUCUUUGCUGCAUGAUAAUUGCAAUUUGUGCCUAGCAAAGAUCGUUGACAUUGAGGCUUUGUGGUUACCAUCAUCAGCAGCUUAACAGUGGAUGUAUCUUCACAGCUUUCUUUUUUACUUAUUUAAAAAAAGUAUAUAUAUUUAUAUUAUUUGUAAGACAAUUCUGCCAUGCAUUAGAAAAUUUCCACACUUGUGUUAAUGAGUAAAUGCUGCAGAAACAAUGCAUGCCACUCUAGUAUCUUCUCCGUACGUGCUAAGGCUUUGUAGGAAAUGUAGGAAGAGUCAUAGUAGUAGUCACACAUCGCUUGCAUUGGAUUAGAUAGAAGACAGAGACGAGCACAGAGGCUGGUAUUUAAGAGAACAAACGUAAUAUGUAAGAGAACAAGAAUCGCUUCUGUAUCUAGUUUUAUUUCAUUCCAUUCUCUACAUAAUUCCUUUUUAUAUUAUUUUUGCCCAUUAAAUCAUGCAAUAGUUUCCUGAAAAUAUUUAUCUAAUUAAUUAGUAGUAAUGGUAUUUUGCUGUAUUUACUAAAAAAAAUUACAAAUGUGCAAUAACCCACAGUUACCAAUCAAAAUGAACUUUGGUUAGUCUAGUGGCUUCUAAUGGGUUGAUAUGGCUCAUUGAACUUAAACACUUGUUUAGUCAUUUUUGCAGUUGAGUUUAACCGUUGCACUGCUGGAAAGUGUCACAGUCUUAGGGAUAAAUGUACCGAAGCUUCUAAAAUAGAGAAUUGGUGUUUGGAUGCUGUCUAUCAUUUUCUAAAAGGCAAUAGAGAAAUGAUAGACAGCAUCUGAUUGGUUGCUAUGGGCAACAUCACCAAUUCUCUGUUUUAGAAGAAUUGUGUGUUGUAGGCCACUGAAUGUCCCUGUAGCAUGGCCUCUGAUGUAAGAAAAGAUGAUUGUCUGACAUAAAUCAUCUUCCUAUUAUAACAUUAAAAAAAGAAGAUGCAAGUUACUAUUGGAAAAUCAUACAAACAAUCAUAAAGUAGCUACAGUAUGACUGCAGUCCUAUUGUUUCUGCAAAUGUAAACUAAGGGGUCAUUCCAAUUACUCACUAAGGGUGCAAGUUGCCGUUUCAGCCAUGUUGAAAUGCCUGCAACGGCACCGCAUCUCGCACCCCUUGCGGCCCACUCUCAGCUCGAAUUCACACAUUUUUAGUUCAGACUGCAGUAAAAUAUGUCAUUUGCAGUGCUAACUCGCACCCCCGAAUACAUUGCUUGUAAUUAGAUUGACCCCUAAAUAUAAAUGUUUCUGCUUUGUAGUUGAACAACACCACAUAAGGCUGGCUAAGCAUUGUGGGAUAUAUAUUAUAUCAACAUAAGAAGUGUCAGAGUGUAAUAAGUAUAUAAAGUAGUGGAAAUAUUGUUUACAAAUAUGCUAUAGGUACUUAUCUGAUACAGUACUUAAAAUGUAAGUUCUUCUUACUACAUGCAUUUUCUUUUUUGUGCAACUUCAGAUACUGAUGACUAGUUGUGUCAUUUUUAUCCGUGUGCUGACAGCACUGUUAAUACAAAACUAGCACCAGUAAGACAGAUAAGAUAUGAAGAAAAACGAUAUAUUGAUUCUCCUUCCUGCUUCCCGCAUAACCUAAGUAUCGGCUCAUGUCUUCCAGCUUGGUUUGCUAAGAUUAAUGAGAUCAUCUAUUAAGUCACCUUUUCAAAAUUAAUGUACACAAUUUGUGCUGUUACUGAUGGUUUUACAAUAUAUGAGGUUGAUGCAAAGAGACUCUUGUUCAUUUUCUAAAGUCGCAUAUCUAUUUUAAAACCGAUUAUGACAUAUAAGCUAACACUAAAUGUUAGAUGUGUGAUUGAAAAUUGGAUCUACAGUAGCAACAGUUCAGUACAUUGCACAUUUACGAGAUUAACAUUCUUACGGUACUUAGAGUUCUUAUUUGCUCAUGAGUAAUGUUAAAUUAUUUUAGUAUAUCUUUUUACAAGUUUUAAACAAGUACAAUAUCAUAAUGUUUUAAGUCUAUAGGUAUAUUUACUAAGGUGUGAGUUUUUUUAGAAGUGGAGAUGUUGCCCAUAGCAACCAAUCAGAUUCCACUUAACAUUUAUCUAGCUGCUUCUAGAAGAUAAUAGCUAAAAUCUGAAUGGUUCCUAUGGGCAACAUCUCCACUUCUAAAAAACUCACAAACUUAGUAAAUAUACCCCUAUCAGUGUGAUUCAACUGUUUUACACAGCAGCUGUCACUCCCGGGUGCCCGGCAGAGCAAUUCAAUUGUUGCUCUGUUCAGGCACAAACAGCUGAGUGAAAAGUGUGCGGUUUGCCCAAACUGCACAUUCCACGUUGCGCCCAUUAGUUUAGUCAGAUUUAACUGCUUUACGUGGCUAAACCCAGCCUAGUAAUAAUUAUAGGGCACCCAAAACAAACAUCUGCCCGUUAAUUAUCAUGCCUAAAAAAAAAACCUGAAUUCUGCCCUACGGUAUAUGCAAGCCUUACAGGGCUCUGACACAGUAUAUAGGUGAAGAUGUAUCAAACAUUGGAGAGAGAUACAGUAUAGCAGUUGCCUAAACCAAUCGGUCAACUUCACCAAUACAUUAUAUUAAAAGGAAAGAAAAAUGUGUGCCGACACCAUUUAAACAAAACAGAGUAAUAUCAUUGUUUUACCUCAUGGGCAAAGGAAGCAUUGGGUGGCUUUUAUAGAGUUAAUGUAUAAGGUGUGUUUCAUAUGUCUAAGGUGUUUCUUUAAUAUCCCAAUCUUUAUUUCUCAUAUUCAACUUAUCUGUACUUUUAUAGACUAUAAAGUCCCUUUAUUUUUUAUGGAGAGGGGUGAAAAAAAAAAAGCAGAACUAAAGAACAUUUCAGCUAAUCAUAUAACACAUUUCAGCAAUAGCAUGGCUGUGACUAUUGUUUUUUUGGGAAAUAGUACUUACCAUUAUUAUAAAUAUAACACAACGUCAUAGAGUAUUGUAAAUUUGCACUUACUAAGGAUAAAAUAACGCAGGUUAAUAAGCUGUUGUUUGGAUAAAACAUGUCAGCCGAAAUAACUUGUGAUAGGCAAAAUGUUGACACAGUCAAAAUGUUGGAAGGCCACAGUCAACAUAUCAUAUCAUAAGUGUUAGGGUUUUUAAUUUCGACAAUUGAUUGUAGACAUUCCAGAGUAAAAAUUCUGAUUUCUGACAUUUUGUACCUAUGGAUAUUUUCACUAUUAACAUUUCAAAUCUGACUAUUUGGGUUUUUUUACUCCAAUUGAGCUUUUAAGAGGUAGCCAGAUGCAGGCAACUGUGCCAGCUAACAGGAUAUAUGGUGACACUUUGUUACUGACAGGCUCAUUCUGGUUCACCUACUGCAAGUGGGAAAACAUAGUGAUCCUUGUUUACAAAGUGCACUUGUUGCACACUGGAAACUGCUUUAGGUCUGCCCAACCCACAGGAAGAUAUACGGAUAUUCUAUGCUCUCUGGAGACUAGACUAGUAGGCCACUUAAGUGUGUGGGGAAGCAUAAAAAUCUAGAUAGAGACUAUGCAAAUGUUGCACCAAAAUCACACCCCCUACCACUUUAAAAUGACCCCCUUUUAAAUAACUUUUCCACAAAGCUCUUCAUUUUAGUUUUGUUCAUGGCUUAAAGUAAUUAUGGGAGGCAAUGGAUCUUAGGACUGUUAUUAUUACAGAAGACACUUUGGGCACGUGGCCAUUUUACUCUUCUUAAAUAUGACUCUAGGCUUACAUUUGGUUUAAAGGAUAUAGCUAUAUUUCCUUUCAGACAAGCUACAGUCGUAAGUGAAGGGUGCAGAGGUUCAAAUAUGUGAAAUAUAUAAUGAUAAAAUCAUGGUACAGAAUAUGCUAUGCAGUGGUACUAAUCUGUAUGGCUAUUCAUUAAUUAGGUACACAACAUUUUAAUCCUAAAAAACCUAAUGUUAAGAUGACUGGUCUAUCUUUAAAUAGACUGGAGAGUUUGGGAUUUGUUGGUUGUCUUUUCUGCUAAAUAAUUUAAUUAGCUUUUAGAUUGCCAGUAAACCCCAUUAACUGUGAGACAGUGAGAAUCCUAACAGGUAACAAAGUCAAUUCACAAGAUAGCUGUUGUUCUAAAACCAUCUCUUCUCUGCUGAAUUAGUUUCUAGCAGUUGUCACACCUUAUAAAGUUCUCAGUAUGUUAUCAUUCUUAUUAAGUCUGAAAAUCAUGCCUGUUGUGUGGUGUAUCCUGAAUUUCAAGAAUAGACCCAAAAUAUUUUCAGUGUUUGUUAAUGGGAAAAAAGCUAUUUAAUACAGUCAUCCAGUCCAAACAGUGCUAUUGAGUGACAUUUACUUUGCUUAUGCAUAAACAAGGAAAAAAUAAUGUGAGAAUAUAGUAAUGGUUGCAGAAUGUUUAUAGAUGGAAAAUAAGUUUAAAAAAAGAAAAGAAUGAAUAUGCAGCUCUAAUUCACACCCUAGAUUCUCAAGCUGUGGUAUAAACAGGGCUGUUGAGACAGCAGUUGUGAAGGGGGUGUGGUCAAAUCCAGGAGGCAUGGCCACACCCCCUCCAGAAAACAAUCAUGGUAAAUACUAUGUGCAGUGUCAGGAAAUGGUGCCAUGUGCUGCAAAGGGGAACAUUUGUCCCCUCAGCAGUUGAUGCAGAGCCCCUACAAGAGGCCCCGAGCCUAGGUAAUUAGUACCUGCUCCCACCUAGUCUCGAUGCUCAAGGUGGUAUAUGUAUCCCAAAGAGUCUAUAAAGACAAAAACUUAAAAAGCAAUGCAUAUGGAUUGGUUGGUACAAAUUUACUUGAGGGAAUAUUUUGCAUUAAUUUGUACAUAUUAAGGUAUAGUUAGUAUUGUGAAGUCAUUUUAGAGGGUAUAUACUGUAGUAAACAGUUACCAUCACAAGGGUGUACAGGUUGAAAGAAAAAAGUUGAAAAACACUGGUAUAUACAGAUUGGAUGGAGCUCAUUUUCUUCUCAAUAGAAAUGCAUUCUACCAAAUCACUAGUUACCAGUGACAUCACUAGGGCUCAAAGUCAUUUACUAAUGAAGUUAAACGCUGCAUUUACAUGAGACAAUAAAAUGGCUGCCUUCCAGAUUAACUUUGCUAGAAGGAACAGAAAUGGACAUGUUAUCCAGCUAUUUGUUGUGGGCAAGUAGCUGACUUUUUGUAAACCUUAAAAGGAACUUAAUAUUCAAAUGAAAUAAACAUUUAUGAGUGAUGAAUUAUAAAUUAAAAUUAGCAUGUGAUAGAUGUCAAUGUUGCUAUAGCUGAUACUGAGCAUGUUUAAUAUCUGAUGUGAAAGCUGUUGUGACUGAAAGAAGGGUGUUUUAGCUACUUUUUUUUAGUUAUGAUUUUUAUUUCCAUGUACAAAUUGGGGGUCUACGUAUCAAGGAAUAUAUUCCACUGUUUCUUCCAUAUCUGCCUCUUAUUGGCCAGGGUGGAGUCAGGAUGGAGUGGGGACCUAGAUGCAUGGUGAUGAGAGUCAUCAUUACUCUGGAACUUGUUGUGCAAGUCCUUCCCUGUGCUGAAUCCUAUUUCCUAUCUCUGCUGUGUUUUUGAGCAGACCUGUAUUACACUUAAUACCUAAAUAUUACAUAUAUAUUCACUAAGCUCCAAAAACAGAGCACUAAAGCUCUAUGUACAUUAAUACGUAGAGCUCAUUAUCUCCCAUUUCAUGUUAUGGUAAUUUUUCAUGUAAAUGUAUAUUUUAAAUCCUAUUUAUUCUAAGUCCUGCGUAUACAGUCGUUUUACAUUCAUGUAUGGUAACACACAGAAAAAUUUGUAGAGGUACAGUAAAACGAGAUUCCUUUGAAAAUUUAACCCAUAUUGCUGAGGAGUAGUAUGACAAUGCGCUACGGUGUAUAAUUGCAGUUGUAAUAAAAGAUUGGACUGAGUUGAAGCUAGCAGGAGAAAGUAAUUCUCACACAUCUUUCAAUACAUCACUGUUGACAGUUUUCUUGUGGCUGAUUGCUUUGACUGGCCUUGUGAGACAUGAAAAUAUAAGCUUGAAUUCUGUGUUACAAUAUCGAGUUCUAGUCAAGUGCGUACAUGACACGAGUGCAAAAAAGCUGUAUGGAGCACUUUUUAAGAGCAAAAUAAUAAUAAUCUAGAGUAUGACAAUUUAAGAGUCAUCUUGUAAUUUAUUACGUUUACAUUUGCUUUCGUUUCAAUUCAAUUACAUAUGUAUAUUAUUCCUGUAACCAAGUCAUUCCAAUUUGCUGCAAAUUAGGUAAUGACCCCCUCAUAUUUAUAGAAGCUGUGAUAUAGUACAUUUCUCUAUUGUGUAAAUGUUCUUUAAAUAUUCUGUUAUUUUGUGUUUUUAUAGGUUGGGAUAUUGUUGCUUUACAAAAAUGAAAUAAAAACUUAACAGCAUCAAAAAUGAUUUUAUGUAACGUAAGUCAUCUAAAUGAAUGAAGGAUCUAAAUAAACAAAUAAACACAGCGUGUAUAUGACAUAUGUAUAUGUACAAACUUUAGCAAGAAAUAAAACAAAUGUAUUUCACCUGAAA